CCUACGCGCGGAUGCCUCCCCCUACCAACGACCUCCAUCUCCACUUCUAGUCAGAAUCCCCGUCCAUAUUCGUCACCGACACCAGCAACAGCAACCACAGCCUCCACUUCUUCCCCAAAUCCAGAUACAACAACACGAAGAUCCUCAAAUUCAACUUCAACCCCAGCCGCCUCCCCUGCUUUACCAAGCGCAACCAUCACAAGGCUCGAUGGCGUACUACUGUGCUGGUCCUUGGGUUUGGCCCUCGUUUCCUCCUCACCCCAAGCAAAUAUACGUCCCCAGACCUCCUGAAGUACAAGCUAUUCCAUACGUUCCGUAUGCCGUCACAUACCCCGGAGUCGUCUACCAAUACCCUUGCCAAGUCGUACAAUAUCAUCAACAGCUAGUUCCUAUGUGGUUGGCGAACGGUCAACUUGGUGGAUAUCAUUAUGCUUAGGAUUUAUUUCAGAAGGCUGCCGAAUGAUUGCUGAAAGGCGAAUCUUGAAAAUGAAAGUGAGUUGUGGUUUGGAUUGAUUCCCAAAUUCACCGUUAACACUUCAAGACUCUCAAGAUACGAUGCAUCGGCCGAUUCCGGCAAGACCUUCCAUAUCUGUCUAUUCACUCGAAAUCUCACGUCUCCAAUUUGUGUGGUCACAAUAAGUCUAUGACCAAAUCAAGGCAAGUCAAAAGUUCUGUCACAAAUCACAUUCCUUUGAUAUUCGACAUCCAAUCACACCGUUGGUGAAAGAAGGGCUCGAAGCAUUCUAUGCAAAUGAUUUGAUAUUCGCAUGCCCCAUUCUUACCUCAGAGUCUUAUGAAGCACUUUAUGCUAAUUAGGUCUUCAGGUGCGGUUACAGUGGAUACAGUAACGGAUAAACCGUCCUUGGCGUUGGGCUCCCUAUUUCUGCAAGGCUUUUCGUACAUGGUAUCACGCCGGGGUUCCGAAGAUACUGCUGCGUCUUUCAAGAUUUCGAAAGCGUAAAUGAAUUUUCAAUAUCAUUUCCCAUUCUCGUACGUCGUCCAAACCAGUAAGGCUGUGAGCUUCCUAGCCGAGGUAACACUACAGUAUAUUCGUCAUGGUGGUGGGCUGCGGUACAUGGAUGCUCUAAAAUCGUCCCCAAUCAAGUACCCAGUUCAUAUAUAUCCUAGCACCAUAUCAGCACAACCUAUAAAUUCGCGCAUCGCGCAGUGGCUAUCCACGACAGAUCUGAAUGGCCCGGUUCUUGAAUACCAAAAUAGCUAUUAACCAAUACCUUAACCAACCACCGGGCUGACUUCUCUGUACCGAAGCUGCUGAUUAUGUUUUGGAACAUGAUCUAAUAAAGGCACAGCUUCAUAAUGAGCUGCUUGCCUUCAAUGUCCUGGUUUUUGGCUCUUCGAUUUUUUCUUUUCUGCGGCGCUUUUUGUGUCAUCUGCCUCCAAUUCCUUAAGUCUUGAAGUCACUCGGGUUUUUCUUUUAUCUAACUAAGGUUAUAUACAUUUACUAAUCCAACUUGAGCAACUUUGACUAUGUUUUUCUCGCUUUCCUUUCCUUUUUUGUUACUAGCCUUUUCUCAAAUGUCCGUAGCCCAAAAAGCUUCCUCGACCUCCAGUGCACCUUAUCCAACUCACACAAUUGCUGUUGGGGAGGUAAGUGGCCCUUUAGCCUUGUAUAUAAGGAGCAUUUAUAACAAUUUGCCAGCACGGUCAUGUCUUCACACCAGAAUCAACUACUGCUGAGGUUGGUGAUAUCGUGGGUAAGAUAGGGUUUGAUGUUAUACCACAAAAUGACACUGACAUGCCUGUAGAAUUCAGAUUCUUCCCCUUGAACCAUAGCGUGAGUUCUCUUUUUGGUGGUGUGCAGCUGUGGUUGGCUAUUAACAACGAAAAGGUAGCAAAGGCCGAAUUCAAGAGCCCAUGUAUACCAUAUGAGAUUACAGGGGCAGGAAAGCAAGGGUUUUGGUCCGGAUUCUUUCCCCUGAAUGUCAUUGCUACGCCUGCAAGUAUUUCCAGCCCAAUCCUGUUUUCGAACUACUAAUAUGUAAAGGCUCCACUAUUUCAAGUGAAAGUAAAUGAUACUCAACCGAUAUUUUUCUACUGUUCGUCACCAGGUGCUUGUGUGGACAAAAUGGUGGGAGUAGUCAAUCCAGUAAGUAGAUAUCCUACUGAUAUUAGCAGGCUUGAAUCGGAUAUGAACGCUCAUUGUUUGAUUCUUAGAAUACGACCCAUACACUAGAUAUACAGAAGCAAUUUGCAGCAAAUGCCAGUUUCGACUUCAGCCCUGGUGAAAGCUUCCCACCUGAGGUUAAGGAUGCAAUUCCUGGUGCCACUCAGACAGGGUCUGCUAGCAGUUCCACGGCCACAGUGGUAGCCGCAUCACACCAUGAUUCGUUAGGGACAGGAGCGAUAGUCGGAAUUGUCAUUGGUACAAUAGCCGUCUUGCUCCUGGCAGGUGCCUUGAUCUACGUAUGUGGCCGUCAACAAACAAUUGGAGAAAUAAUUCAGCAGCAUAAACCACGAUCGUCGGCCUCUUAUCAGUCAAGUCAAAUUUCCAUGGCAUCUCCUUCCACCUGCAAUGUCAAAUCAGCGAUCGACCACUUUACCUGUAUUGGACAGCAAAAGAAGUCCUCACAUGCAGAAUACUACGAAAGGCCAGAGCAGAAGCGUUACCAGAUAUUAAGGCCUGGACGUUGCAAAUUUAUGCCUCCCAUGAGCUUUAAAUCAACACCUGGUCACUAUAGCCAGCCAGAAACCUUUGUUUCUCCGAAGGGCUAUCCAAUAACUUAUGGGGGGCCUACCUCACCAGAAGCUUACCAACGUGCUUAUCAACAUUUUUCACCAACUGAAGUUCCAAUUAGUAUGAAGUAAGCUGGUUGAUCAAUCUUUCACUUUUGCAAUUUUGCUCACUGCAGACAGAAUACACAGAGGAAAUUCGCUUUAUGGACCCCACGAACUCCCGGCCAGCUUGAAUCAUGAUCGCGUACCGCCAUAUCCAGGCCAUGAGCUUCCAAGAAACGAUACAAAUCCAGGAAAUUUUCAAGGCCAUGGAACAGUAAUUUCACGGUAAACAAAAAGCCACUUUGUUUUAAGUGCGUCUGAGUUGUUGUAUAUAUACAUGUUGUAAUAUUUUCUGUUCUGUUCUGGAAUACAAAGUUUAGCGACUCAUCAUAUAAUGGAUUUUGGAGUUUUUCGCUCGUUGUCAUAAAGAAAGGCUGGGACUCUUACUUUUUGCAAUGCUGUCAUUUGUUUAAGGGACCUGGGCAAAGUGCCUGACUGGGUUAGAGGUGGGAUGACAUGGAAGUCCAUUGUUUGCUGGUUAUUACAACCACAAAAAAACCAACAACGUCUGGUGUAUUUGUUCACCAAUUCUUGGAUUGGCAAAUUGUACUAACUUUGGUGAUCUACCUUCAUUUGAGCAUUUAGCCAUAUGUAUCUCUCAGAUGUUGUUGUCACUCAAUGCAAAACAAAUAAAAAAA